AGAUGCACAGUGACCUUGCUUAUGCUUACUCUGGAGGAAUAACCAGAGGAAAUGCAGGAGCCCAAAUAGUGAGUGGUGUAUGACUAAAGGCACUGCAUUCUGCAUGCAAAUGCUACGGUGCUGAAGGCGCGGUACGACUGGCACGCUGCUACAUUAAAUGCAGCUUUCCUGCUAGCCUGACCAGAUUGCUGCUGCUGUUUGUUUUUUUUUGCAGGGGACUGAAUGAAAUCCUCAUGAUCGUUACAUGCUUGUUCAAUAAUAGUACACCCCAGUCACGUCUCCUUGCAAGCACAUUUUGUUGGAAUCACUGAGCAGAAGCAAAGAAGAGCUGAUGACUAUGUGUUUCCAACGCAGGUUGCCGGAGCCCUGUCUUUGCCAUUGGCUGCAGUUUUCUGGUUUAUUUGCAGCUUCCCCCAUCUGGAAUAUGAAAAUGGGAUUGAAGUAGAUAAUUGCUAGCAGCGGGUUUUCAGGAGAGGCUUAGAGAGAACAGAAUGCCUCUCACACAGCACAGGCUGCCUGCACUGAAAGAGCUCUGAGAGAUGAUUUUAGAUGUUACCCACGUCUGAAUCUCCUGGAAACUUUACCAUGGAAGCAAGCAAUUGCGCACAGUCUUGGAGCUAACAUCCAAGAGGGGCAAGGAAGGGGCAGCAGGGCCAAACAAUGGGAUAUCUUGUCCCUGGAUUGCUCACAGAAAAGCCAGCAAGAAUUCCCCUCCACUUCUCAGCAAAAAGGGCAUGAAGGCAAUAAUGAACUGAUUUUUUUCUUCAGUGGAGCUUCAGUGGCUUUUAAGAAGGAUGGGAUACACUGACCCUUCGUCGAGCAGGGAUUUGCUGGGAAACAGAACUUUGUUCUUCAUAUUCAUCUGCGCCUUUGCCGUGGUCACCUUGCUGCAGCAGAUCCUCUAUGGGAGAAAUUAUCUCAAAAGAGGGCUGCAGUUUAGCUGGCAGAAUGGAGAGGAAUUGGCAAAUUGGACCACCACCUUUAAUGUCACGGAUGACGGAGCAGUGAAGAGUGGCAGUGACACAGGCACCAGGUAUUUUGAGUUUUAUGAAGGGCCUUUGGAAUACAACUCAACCAAAUGCCUGGAAUUACGGCAGGACAUCAUUGAGGUGAAGGUUCUGUCUAUGGUGAAGCAAACUGAAUUGUUUGACAGAUGGAAGAGCCUACAGAUGUGCAAAUGGGAGAUGAAUGUCACAGAAGCUAAUUUGUUCAAGUCUACUUUGUCAAGGUGUUGCAAUGCCCCUGCCUUUCUGUUCACCACACAGAAAAAUACUCCCUUGGGAACUAAACUGAAAUAUGAAGUGGAUACUAGUGGAAUCUUCCAUAUCAACCAAGAAAUCUUCAAAAUGUUUCCAAAGGAUAUGCCGUACCACCGCUCUCAGUUUAAGAAAUGUGCAGUGGUUGGGAAUGGAGGAAUUCUGAAGAACAGCAGAUGCGGACGGGAGAUUGACAGCGCAGACUUUGUCUUUCGAUGUAAUUUGCCACCUAUAUCUGAGAAAUACUUCACAGAUGUUGGAGUAAAGACAGAUGUUGUUACAGUCAAUCCCAGUAUAAUUACUGAGAGGUUUCAUAAGCUGGAGAAAUGGAGGAAACCCUUCUACGAUGUGCUCCAGGUCUAUGAGAACGCUUCUGUGCUGCUGCCAGCUUUUUACAACACUCGCAAUACAGAUGUCUCCAUCCGGGUCAAAUAUGUCCUGGAUGAUUUUGAAUCUCAGCAAGCUGUUUAUUACUUUCAUCCCCAGUAUCUCAUCAAUGUCUCACGCUACUGGCUUGGCCUUGGGGUGCGGGCCAAGCGGAUUAGCACUGGGUUGAUCUUGGUGACUGCUGCCCUGGAGCUCUGUCAAGAGGUCCACCUUUUUGGCUUUUGGGCCUUCCCCAUGAACCCCUCAGGGAUUUUUAUAACUCACCACUACUAUGACAAUGUGAAACCUCGCCCUGGUUUUCAUGCUAUGCCCUCAGAAAUCUUCAACUUCCUGCACAUGCACAGCAAGGGGAUCCUGCGGGUCCAUACAGGGACCUGCAGCUGCUGUUAGCAGGGACACUACUUUCUCUAACACAAAAGUGUAACAGGAACUCGAUGCCUGUAUAUGAUGUUGGGGGUUUUAUUACAUCCUAAGAUUAUGCAAUAAUUGUUUGAUAUAAAUUUCCUCAAGGCAUUGCAUCUCAUAGGAUCUAGGAUACCAGCAUCUUUCCUGAUAGCAGAGUUGGAUCUGAAACAGUGCAGGAGAAACAAAAUUCCUCUGUCCCAGGGUAUACACUGCCCUAGAAAGCAAGUCAGAUAAGAAGCACAUUUCCAAUAGGUUUAGUGACAAACAGAGCACAUUAAUAGAGUUACAAUUUCGCUGUGAAGAAGAGCAUCAAAUUUUUGAGAAGAGUCAUUGUUGGAUAAUUUUAGCAUAGAGUGUAUGAUUUUACAUAGGUUUCUUGGGUCAUUGCCAGGUUUUAUUGAAAGCAGUCUUCUCUGGCAUUUGGGGUUUUGAAAUACUCUUUAGCAUUAUAGAUUUAAGAGGAAAUAUAUAUCUUGAGGUGUUCUUUCUGUAAUGUUACAAAGUACUAGUGAAAAACAGCAAACAGAUGUGAUAGUAAUAAAUCAGAUCACUUUAUGAAGUUUUUCAGCCAGGCUAGAAAAGAAUGUUAAACUCUCAUUCACAGCAACAAGUACUUGUGUUGGUCAUGGUUAGCAGUUGUUUUAGAGUUUCUUCACUCUUCUUUCCCUUGUCUUAUCUAUCUAGCUUCCUCUGCUGAUUACAUUCUCUUCCCAUUGUCUGUAAUGCUUUCCUUCUAGCUUACACAUGAGCAAUGUGUGUGCUUCUUCCAGCAAUGACCAUCUCAGCUUCAGAUUGGAGUCCUUGUAGAGGAAGCAUGUUCCUUCACACUUCUGCAAGCUUUACCCUAACUCAGUAGAGUACUACUCAGAGUAGUUAUGUUUUCUGACUUGAAUUUUUGGUUUAAAAUGUCACAGCAUAACCUAGGAAAAAGCAUUUCCUCUUUGAUUUUCAGUAAAGACUUUGUAAGAGUAUCUGAAGGUUGAUUCACUGUUGUGCAGGGUGAGUUAAAUACUUUCAGGUACCCGUGUUGAAUAGUGGCUGAAAAUUAAGUUAAAAUGCAGUGGAUAUACUUUGUAUACUCGAUUAUGAGUCUUCAUUUAAAAUUAUGCAUCUCAAGAUGUCAAAUGUCUUAAUGUGACUUUUUUGUGUGUUUAGAGUGUUAGGAUAGUGAAAGGGCUGGUGUAUUCUUAUAAAGGUUGACAAUAUAACUCUGUUAGUUAUGCCAAGCUUAAUCUUUUGCCUGAUACAGUUAAAUUGGCAAGAUCCUGGUGCAGAAAAUAUGCCACAUAUUGCUGGAGUUUGUUUUGACUGCUGAGGCAUGAUGUACUAGGCUGCUGAUAUGUGCCCUUUCCUGUUGUCAUGGCUGCAUAUACAGGAGGGAGGGGUUUGCUGUUUCAUUUUGCUGGCAUAGUUAAAUGAACAGAGUUUCUCAUUUAAGUUCUUUGUCUAAAGCACUUGGACUGUUGUCCAGUGUCAUGUCUUGUCUUAGGUUACCAGAUCUUGAUCAAGGAUUUGGAAUGAUAGUUUUAGGUGAGGGAUACUUACUUUUGCCUAUUUUUUUUUCUCUUGUGUGAGUUUAAAUCCAAAUGUGAACUUGGAAUUUGAUUUUGUAAUGCAUGAAUGCACAAAGCUUCUUUUAAAAGCCUCUGCGCUAUGCUGAGAGCUGUAAAAGUUGCUCAUACUGUAGAUGAACUGAUUUAAAAAGAAGUGAAGCACUGUGGUCUCCAUUUCAAAAGUUCCUGCUGACCAGCAGGGAUCUGGGUGGUAUGUGAGUGUAUUUCCUUAACUUUACACAAGACUCUAGAGGUCUGACUACUUUAAAAGCCACUCACUUGCCUGACAAAGGUGUCAGAGUCAGGGGUAGGUGAAGGACCUAUGCUUAAGCUUUAUACAUUUGUGUUGUUGUGCUUUUGGUCUUAGACUUGUACUGUGUGUUAAUGAGCACCUCCUUCUAUCAGCUAGCUGUGAAAUACACAGCACACUAAGAAUGACCCUGCAGAUGAAAUGGUUUCCUUGACUUAAUAUGCAAAAGAGAUCUUUGUCUGUGCUGUGUUUUGUAAAUUUGUGUGCAAAGGGCUUUGAUAAUGAAGUGCUGUAAUGAAAGUGCUAUUUAGAGAGCAAAGUGACCCUAUGGGUUGGCUAUCUUGCUGUGCAUUAAGCUUUAUGAUAACAGGAAUGAUGCUGAAGCCAGUACCUAGAGCCCUUGCUCCUUAUUGUGCCUGAGUAUGGGACUGGUAGUGACUUCAGUAUUGCUUUGCUGCUGCUGCUGCUUUGCUAAGGUUACCUUCUUUAGUAAAGAGUGUUUCCUUACUGUGUGAUGAUUGAAGUGAACAAAAGCAACUGAAAGGAGUCUGAUAUGUUCUGCAAGGUACUUCAAAAAAGAAGGGAAGGCACUUGAGAAGCACCCAUGUGUUGGAAAGAAAUAGUGCAAAUCCCUCUUUUUUUUAAUUGCAAAAAAUCCUUUUGGACUUUUUGGAUAGGAAAAAAGGAAAAGCAAAACUGUAAUGACAAUUCAGCUGUAACUCCAGCAUCACAGACAUUUCCUUUCCCUUGUUUGCUUCCUAGAAAUCAGCAAAGUAAAUCCACCAGUAAUAAGUGCAGUUUUGCUGUGUUUAGACUUUAAUUGGUUACACAUCAAUAGCUACUAUAUUUUUUUAAUGAUUUUAAAAAGUGUGUGCAGGAUACUUGCACAUAGGCACCAAAGGCCCAAUCUUGCCAUACUUACCUGAAAAGAGCUCCCACUAGAGUGGGUGAGUAUUUUAUUUAUAUAGGGACUGCAAAAACAGGCCCAGGCAUGUCUGUGAAGAAAUACAUAGGUAUGCAGUUAGGUAUGAGCAGCAACUUACAAGCCAGAAAAAUAAAGAAAUAUAUAUAUAAAGUAUUCUUUGAGAUGAAAUGCAUGUUUCAACGUGUUUACUUUCUGGUUCAUUUUUUGAGUAUUGCUCAAAAAAUGAUUGAAAAAUGAUGGCAUUUGUCACAAAUGCCAUAUGCAGAAGCUUUUUUUUUUUUUUCCCCCAGAAGAUACAUUUUGGCCUCCUUACUGUCCACUAGGCACUGAAAAAUCAUAUUUCUCUACUAUACCACAGCAUCUAUAGUGCCAAGUGGAAAUAGCAUGUUGGUGUCUUACAGGAGCAAGAGCAUGGACCCUGCCUGCUUCUCUGUUCUCCAUGGCUAGAAAGUGAAUACUGCCCAGGAGACUGUCUAUGCAGAGGUCACUUACCAGUGCACUGUCACAGGGUGGGUGGGUGAGGCAGCAUUGGCAAGCCUAAGCUUCUGCUUGUCUGACUGAAGGGCUGUUGCAUGAAGAAGGAGCCCCCUUGUUUUCUGCCAUCAUUGUUUUGUGUACAGAGCAUAAGAAAAUGCUCUUUGAAUAUC